GUUCUGGGUUCGGUGACAAAACAAAAGCGACGUCGUGCAAAGGCGUAAAAACGAGGUGAAGUCACUGAAGUGUAGUAGCUUCAUUUUGGCCGCUCUGUGGCAGCCGACUUUCCGACUCCUUUUCAGACAAGUGAACGACCAAAGUGAUUGAAUUUUUUUGCCGUGGUAAUUGGAGAAACCUGAUUGAUGAUAUUCUGCUUUCGCUUAAACGGUUAGCUGAAAAACACGAACAAAUGCUAUCAGUUCCAGUACUAGUAUUAGGAGAGAAAGAGAAAGAUUUGCGACUGAGAGAGAGACCGAGAAGAAGAAGAAGAAUCCUAGAGGGGUUUUGGCCAUGGAUUGUAUUUGACAGAUUUCAUGGUUUGAGCAUGGACCGAGUAUGGGUUUAAAAUUUGUAGCUGUAUCUUGUCGAGUUUUCUCCCUGUUUCAGAUUGGGUGUUGGAAAUUUUGCGUUAGUUUUGGAGGUUCUCGGUUUGGCUGUGAAAUUCGAAUCGUCAGUUUCUCUCUCUCUGUUAUAUAAGAAACUCUAAUUUUGUUGAUCCCUAUUUCUCUUAUAUCUCCAGAAUUCUCUCUCUGUUAAUAUCGCUUCCUCUAACGCUCUAACGCUCCCCUCUCUAGAAUUCUGUCAGUUGUUUCUCUUCCUCUCUCAAGAAGUUUCUCUCUGUUGAUCGAAUUGUCGUCUGGUUUCGUCCGCGUUCCACGAAGAAUUCUCGUAUAUUGGCCUAUUUUCAGUACUGGGAUCAUUAUUAAUGUUUGCUGUCUGGACAAGAUGCUAUCUAUAAGAAAAGUUAGCUGUCAGAUUACUGCAAAUUCCUCUUCUGUUUUGUAUCUUUUACUGGCUGCCGGCACCAGCAAUGUGACUCAAGUAUUCAGAUGCCAGCCUCAGGCUUAUUGGGGCGGUUCUGUCUGUCAAUUUGUUAGCUCCUCUUUGACCUGCUUGGACACACAAAAUGUUGUUUUGGGAGUACAGAAUAAAUUUAAUCUUCAACCAAAGUCUUCAUCUACCAUGGCUGGAACGUUUUUGGCCCAGGCUCGAGACCCUGCUAAACUAAGUAUGGAAAUACAAAAUGCAAUCAAUGAGGGUAGAUUUAAUGAUUCAUGGAAGUUAUAUGAACAACAUAUGCAGCUGGAAGGCUUUCCUAGGAAAUCUGUUGUGAACAAGCUUCUAACAAGUUUUGCAGAUAGCCUUGAUGUUCAGUGGCUUGAGAAGGCCUAUGGGUUAGUAGAACAGGUUUUUGAGGAAGGAAAGCAGACCUUAUUAGAAAAGGAGCCACUGAUGUAUCUCUCUUUUUGUCUGUCCAAAUCUGGACUACCAGUUCCUGCAUCAACUCUUUUACGAAAAUUGGUAGAAAUGGAAGAAUAUCCCCCUGUUACUGCUUGGUCUGCAAUUUUGGCCCACAUGUCGCAAACAGCUCCUGGGGCUUACCUUGCUGCUGAGUUGAUUCUUGAGAUAGGUUACUUGUUUCAAGAUGGCAGGGUGGAUCCACGUAAAAAGAGUAAUGCGCCUUUGAUUGCUAUGAAACCUAAUACUACUGCUGUCAACAUUGCUUUGGCUGGGUGUCUUUUAUUUGGGACAACUAGGAAAGCAGAGCAGCUUCUUGACAUGAUGCCUCGAGUUGGUGUCAAAGCAGACACAAACUUGUUGAUCAUUAUGGCACAUAUAUAUGAGAGAAAUGGGCGAAGAGAAGAGCUAAAGAAGCUUCAAAGAUACAUUAAUGAAGCUCAUAAUUUAAGUAAUGUACAGUUUCAACAGUUCUAUAACUGCUUGCUUACAUGCCACUUAAAAUUUGGUGAUCUAGAUUCCGCAUCCAACAUGGUUUUGGAAAUGCUUCAUAAAGCAAAAGAAGCAAGAAAUUCUCUUGCUGCAGCUACACUCGUAUAUGAUGCUUCUGCAAGUGGAAAUAAGUCUCCGCCUUUUGUGGCCUCUGGGCAAAGUUUGAGUCAGAGACAAUUAUUAGGUUCAGAGAAUGAUAAAUUAAUUAGAUACGAAGAGUUUUACGGGGACCAAAAUUUCUUAAAGCUUGAGGCUGAAUCGAAGCAAAUGCUUGGUUCUUUGUUAGCUAAGUUGCAGAUGCAAGUUGAAUUGAUUACAACUGAACGUGGAGUUCUUCAACCGACUGAAAGAAUUUAUGUGAAAAUAGUUAAGGCUUUUCUAGAAGCUGGCAAGACCAAGGAUUUGGCAGAAUUCCUUAUCAAGGCAGAGAAAGAAAAUUGCCCAGUGUCCAAUGAUAAUUCAGCCUUGGUACAUGUUAUUAAUUCAUGCAUCUCGCUUGGGUGGUUAGAUGAGGCACAUGACCUUCUUGACGAAAUGCGUUUGGCUGGGGUCAGAACUAGUUCUUCUGUAUAUUCGUCCCUCUUGAAAGCAUAUUGCCAAGCAAACCAAGCAGGGGAGGUGGCAUCACUUUUACGAGAUGCUCGGAAGGCUGGAAUCCAGCUAGAUUCCAGCUCUUAUGAGGCAUUGAUCCAAUCCAGGGUGCUUCAGAAAGAUACCCAAGGUGCCCUCCAUCUAUUCAAAGAGAUGAAACAGGCAAAAAUACCACGAGCAGGUCAUCAAGAAUUUGAGAUAUUAGUUAAGGGAUGUGAAGAGGGUGGUGAGGCAGGGUUGAUGGCAAAGCUCUUGCAGGAAAUCAAUGAAGGGCAGAGAAUUGAUAGUGGAGUGCAUGAUUGGAAUAAUGUAAUCCAUUUCUUCUGCAAGAAGAGAUUGAUGCAAGAUGCUGAGAAGGCUCUGAAGAAGAUGAGGAGUCUGGGGCAUCCCCCAAAUGCUCAAACCUUUCAUUCCAUGGUUACUGGGUAUGCUGCUAUUGGGGGAAAGUAUGUGGAGGUGACAGAGUUAUGGGGUGAGAUGAAGAGUCUUGCUUCUUCCACCUCAAUGAGUUUUGAUCAAGAACUUCUGGAUUCUGUGCUUUAUACAUUUGUCAGGGGUGGAUUUUUUGUUCGAGCAAAUGAAGUCUUGGAGAUGAUGGAAAAAGGGAACAUGUUUGUUGACAAGUACAAAUACCGAACUCUCUUUUUGAAGUACCAUAAAACACUUUACAAGGGCAAGGCUCCUAAAUUCCAGACAGAAGCCCAACUGAAAAAGAGAGAAGCAGCAUUGGCUUGCAAGAAGUGGGUAGGCUUGUGUUGAGAAAAUUUAUGGUCUGUUGCAUGGCUUUUUGGGUAAUAAUCCAUUGAGACUUGCUGUUACACAGAUUUUCAAGAGAGUGAAGAUUGGUGUAGCUGUAGCUGGCUGCCUUCAACAUAUAUUGCCUGUUCUUAUGUCUUAACAACGUUAUUUCCCACAAAAUGACAUGCAAAUGUUAUGAGAUGGGAUUGGGGAAAAAAAAACAAAAAAACAAAAACAAGAAAGAAAGAAAAGAAACAAACAAACAAACAAAAGGAGGGGAAGGUAGGACUCUAAAUGCAGAUGUAUGAUGUAUCUUAAAUACGUUAUACUUGAGCAGCGCUACAUCACCUGUGCCAAUUAUAUUACUGUUGGCUUUGUUCAAAAGAAGACUCUGCUAGGAUUUGCUAUGACGUACCAUGUUUCCACACCUGUUCCACAUACUUCAGUUAUUGGCAUUCUAGGUGAAAAAUAAACCGAUAGUCAUAUAUAUCCAAACAGUAAGGAAAGUUAUGUUGCUGAGAAAAAGGAGUGGGUGCAAAAUACUGGGGUUUCAGAUGAGGAUUCCGUCAGAUGGUGUGAGGUAGGGACCAAACAACUCCAAAAACAAUUUUUUUUUUUUUUUUUUUGAGAAAACUCCAAAAACAAUUAAAGCCAUAUACAGGACUCUUUCCAAUAGAUCUGCUGCUGCUCUACUACCAAUAGUAACUGCUGUGACUAGCAAAGAGGAAAACUCUCUCUUUAAUGCUGAUGGUGAAAAGGCUUGCUCUGUCUGAAGUUGUUUAUGAGAUAGGAUAAGGCAGUUUCCUCAUGAAGUUGCAUAUGUGAAUCUUAGAGCCAAGGGAGUAGCAUAUGGGAAUUCCACUUGUCUUGAAUUUUCAUCUGUUUAUUAUAAAUUUAUGUUCCAAUUUUAUUUAGAGCAUUUCUUUGCUUGGCUAUUAAUUACUCAA